AUGGUACUUACGAGAAGUCAGCAAGAGAACGUAGUCACCGAGCACCCUUACGGGAUGCCCAGAGGUACUCCCAUACGGCGAGCCGAUCAGAACGACGGAAUGGAGGAAUCAUACGUAGACCGAUCUCAGCAGCCUAACCCCUCCUCGGCCCUCGAACAGUUAAGAGCCGAAAUGAUGGAACUCAGGAGACUCCGAGAGAAGGACGCUCACGAGUUAUCAGCUUUAAGAAGAGAGAACGCCGAGCUUAGGAGCGAUAACCGGACGUGGCAGCCCACGAACGACGCACAAAAUCAGUCGACCCGGGAACAUGGCGAAUCCUCGGGAUGGUACAAGGAAGUUACUAUUCCUCGGACGUCGGGAGUGCCGACCGCCGCAACGCAAGAUCAACAAAGAAGGCAGGGAAGAACACCCUUCACACCGGACAUUGCCGGGUCUCGAUUACCCGACAAUUGGAAAAACUUAACUCUGGAGAAGUAUGAUGGAACUGCUGACCCCGAAGAACACCUUGAUGCAUUCGUCACACAGGUCGGAUUGUACACCGAAGACGACGCAGUCAUGUGCAAAGUCUUUCCUACUUCUUUGAAAGGACCCGCACUCAAUUGGUUCACUAGACUUCCACCCGGGACGGUAGACUCUUUCACGUCUUUAUCUUCCCGAUUUGUGAUACAGUUCGCUACAAGUCGACCUCAUCAACUCACGUCCAUUGCGUUGAUCAAUAUCCGCCAAGAAAAGAAGGAACCCCUCAGAGCCUUCAUGGAAAGGUUCAGAAAGAUGACUUUGUCCAUUCGAAAUCUAGAUCCCGCAGUGGCCCUGCACCACCUCACCACAGCAUUGCGACCGGGCCCGUUCGUGAACAGCUUAUGCAAAAAACCACCCAGAGACUUGGAUGAGCUUCGACAAAGAGCCACGAAGUACAUGCAGAUGGAGGAGUUGGCCGAGUUCCGAAACCAGAACCGUUCCGACUCCUUUCUAGGAAGGAAGGAAGCUGAGAAGGGGCACAACCCAAAACCACGCCCGAGGGACGUCCUCGACAGAGAAAGAGCACAGAGGGGGCCCCGGUAUACACAAUACACACCGCUCAACGCCACCAGAGCUAAGGUGUUAGAGCAGGCGUUAGCCACAGAAAUCCUAGCAGUCCCACGUCGAGCCAUGACUCCGCCCCACGCGGAUAAAACCAAGACAUGUCAUUUUCACAGAAACAGGGGGCACACCACCGAGGAAUGCACGGCUCUCCGGGACCGCAUUGAGGACCUUGUCAAGGAACGAAGUAGGACCCCCGAGAGAAGUGAUCGGCAGCCUGCACGAAGUCAACCUAAGAGGGUGAUAAAUACAAUUGCUGGAGGAUUCGCGGGAGGAGGCAGCACAUCCUCCGCCCGAAGAAGACACUUGAGAGCAAUCAAGUCGGUAAACGCCGUGGGAAGAGCAACCAUUCACAUGCCUCCUAUCACAUUUACCGACCGAGAUUUCAAAGGGGUUGACCCGAUACAGGAUGACCCAAUGGUCAUCAGUGUCGAAAUCAACAACUGCGUGGUUAAGAAGACGUUGGUUGAUCAAGGGAGCUCGGCAGACAUCCUAUAUUGGAAAACAUUCGAGCAGCUCGGCAUCCCCGAACAAGAGCUAGUACCUUAUGGUGAGCCCUUAGUCGGAUUUUCUGGGGAACGAGUGGAUACCAGGGGAACAAUCGACCUGUACACCUACUUUGGGGACGACCACCAUAGGCGGAGAAUCAAAGUCCGAUAUGUAGUCGUACACGCCAACACUUCCUACAAUAUUUUGUUAGGCCGGCCAUCCUUAAACAAGCUCCGGGCCAUUGUUUCCACACCACACUUAGCCAUGAAGUUUCCCUCGGAAGAGGGAGCGAUCAUCACACUCCACGCGGACCAGAAAACGGCUCGAGAGUGCUACUUUGCAAGCUUAAGAGUCCCACCGACGCCGAGGCCUUCCCGAGAUGUUAAUGUCAUUGGAGACACUAACCAACGAGACCCAGUCGAUGACUUGGAGUUGGACCCGAGAGUGGCAGACGAGGGCAGGGGCGAGCCAAUAGAAACAACAAUUCCUUUUCAACUCGGGACGAAAGAGGGGCAGGUCACGUUCCUAAGCUCCCAACUAUCCGAAACGGAUGCAAGUAGGAUCAAACAAGUCCUGGUACAAUACGCUGAUUUGUUCGCUUGGACUGCCGCCGAUAUGCCGGGAAUUGAUCCCAGUUUCCAUUGCCAUCGGCUCUCUGUAUGUAAGGGGGCCAAGCCCGUUGCCCAGAAGAAGAGGAAAGUGGGUGGAGAAAGAGCCCAAGCAGUCAAAGAGGAGACAACCAAGUUGUUGCAAGCAGGUUUCAUUCGGGAGGUCAGGUACUCUACUUGGUUGGCCAACGUAGUAAUGGUCAAGAAGUCAAACGGCAAGUGGCGUAUGUGCACUGACUAUACCGACCUCAAUAAGGCAUGCCCUAAAGACGCAUACCCUCUCCCUCACAUCGACGCGCUAGUUGAUGGCGCGGCUGGCCACUUUAGACUAAGCUUCCUAGACGCUUACUCCGGGUAUAAUCAGAUACCCAUGUACCCCCCGGACGAAGCCAAAACCGCGUUCAUCACUGAUUCAGCGAACUAUUGCUACAGGGUAAUGCCAUUCGGCUUGAAAAACGCGGGGGCAACCUAUCAAAGGCUCAUGAACAAGAUUUUCCGUAACCAGAUUGGGACAAGUCUGGAAGUGUACGUAGAUGAUAUGGUGAUCAAAUCCGCCUCAGGACCCGACCACAUCAGAGACUUAUGUUCCAUCUUUCACGAAGUACGACGCCAUCACAUGCGAUUGAAUCCGGCUAAGUGCACAUUUGGAGUAGCGGGGGGAAAGUUUUUAGGCUUUAUGUUAUCGCAAAGGGGGAUAGAGGCGAACCCUGACAAAUGUCAGGCCAUCAUCAGCAUGAGGAGUCCGAUUAAUGUCAAAGAAGUACAACGUCUGGCAGGACGAAUAGCUUCAUUGGCUAGGUUCCUGCCUUGCAUGGCAGACAAAUCACGACCCAUUAUGUCCCUUCUAAAGAAAGCAACCAAGUUCAAGUGGACCGACGAGUGCGAAUCGGCCUUCAACAGCUUCAAGGCGAUGCUCGCUACCCCGCCAUUGUUGGUUAAGCCCGACCCCCAGCUGGACAUGAUCAUGUACAUUUCAGUGUCCGACAAGGCCAUCAGCACCGUUUUAGUGCAAGAAAAAUCGGAACAGAUGCCGAUUUAUUUCAUCAGCCGAGUACUGCAAGAUGCCGAAGCCAGAUACCAACACCUUGAGAAAACAGUCCUCGCCCUAGUCCACACUUCACGACGCCUCAGACACUACUUUCAGAGCCACCGUAUGCUUGUCCGAACUGACACUCCCAUAACCAAGGUUCUGCGAAAACCCGAAUUGGCAGGACGAAUGGUCUCCUGGUCCGUCGAAUUGUCACAAUUCGACAUCCGAUUCGAACCACGAGGACCAGUAAAAGCGCAAAGCUUGGCCGAUUUCUUGAACGAAUUCACGUUGACAGCGACCCCCGAUACAAACCUUUGGACCUUGCAUGUAGAUGGAUCGUCGAACCAACAAGGCAGUGGAGCAGGCAUCAUCUUAGAAGGACCAGGCCACGUAGUUGUAGAGCAGUCACUCCGCUUCGGUUUCAAAGCGUCCAACAACCAGGCUGAGUACGAAGCCCUUUUGGCAGGUCUACGACUCGCAAAAGACCUGGGCAUAUCAAAAUUACAAUGUUGGAGCGACUCGCAGGUAGUAAUAGGACAGGUCAGCGGCGCCUUCCAAAUCAAAGAGCCGACCCUACUGUUAUACUUUCAUGCGUUUAAAAAGCUAAAGGCCGAUUUCGAAGAUGUCCAAGUCAAGCAUACGCCUCGGGAGCACAACGUAAGAGCAGAUCAGUUGGCUAGGUUAGCCAGCAGCAAGAAAGUCAGCCACUUACGAAGUGUGAUACAACAGGAUUUGCCGAAGCCCAGCAUCGCCAAACCAGAGUGUUUACAGGUCCAACCUGAAAGCCCCGAUUGGAUGACAGGAAUAAAGAGGUACCUGACAGCCGGAACAUUACCUGAUGACCCAUUGGCGGCAAAAAAGAUGAGGAUUACGGCGGCGCGAUAUACCCUGAUCGCGGGGGAAUUGUACAAAAGAGGGUUCUCGACCCCCCUGUUGAAAUGUUUAACACCAGACCAGGCACACUAUGUGCUGCGAGAAAUCCAUGAAGGCGUGUGUGGAACUCAUUCGGGCGGCAGAACCCUAGCAGCCAAGGUUCUCCGAGCAGGGUACUACUGGCCAACUCUGGUUGCGGACUGCUCCAAUUUCAUUCAACAAUGCAAGCCCUGCCAACAGCACGGACCCUUAAAUCACCAACCCCCCGAGGGGUUACACUCCAUCUCCACUCCUUGGCCAUUCUCCAUCUGGGGGAUGGACAUUCUGGGACCAUUUCCACCCGCAAAAGGCCAAGUCAAGUUCCUCGUUGUAGCCGUCGACCACUUCACAAAAUGGAUCGAAGCGGAAGCAUUGGCCACCAUCACAGCCAAUAACAUACAAAAAUUCUUUUGGAAAAGCGUUAUUACCCGGUUUGGGAUCCCGUACGCCUUGAUCACUGACAACGGACUGCAAUUCACCGAUCGACGCUUCAAUGAAUUUUUGAACGGAUUAGGAAUCAAACAUAGGAUGACCUCGGUCGAACACCCCCAGUCCAAUGGUCAGGCCGAGGCAGCGAAUAAGGUUAUCCUCAAAGAAUUGAAACGACGUCUCGGACAGGCUAAAGGAACUUGGCCGGACCAACUCCCAGAAAUUCUGUGGGCAUACCGAUGCACGCCUCAGAGUUCCACCAGAGAGACCCCUUUCCGGCUGACCUAUGGCACAGAUGCAAUGAUCCCGGUUGAGGUAGGGGAACCUUCGCUAAGGCGAACACAGUUCGAUGAAGACACCAACCGGGAAGCACUCAACAUUGAGAUGGAUUUGGUGGAAGAAACCCGAGACCGAGCUCUUAUCAAUAUGGAGGCAUGUCGCACCAGGUUAGCAAAGAAAAUCCGAACCAAAGUGAAACCAAGGGAGUUUCAAGCCGGGGAUCUCGUGUGGCGAACUACCGGAGAAGCAAGAAAAGACAGAGCUCAGGGCAAACUUGCACCUAAUUGGGACGGCCCAUUUCGCAUAAUGCAUAACUUGAAAAACGGAGCCUACAAGUUGGAAGAGCUCUCGGGAAAGGCUAUUCCCCGAACAUGGAACGCAACGCAUUUGAAGCAUUAUUUCAGUUAA